CGUCGUCGUCGUCGUCGUCGUCGUCGUCGCCGACGUCAGGAUUCUUCAACGAUCAUUAUCUUCAAAGAUACAUCGAUACGACCUUUGCCGAGACCGACGAGAUGCGACGCUUCAGCGUGACGCGCGACGACGCGCCCUUUUUCCAGCCGGAAAGCGAUCGCCGCUGAAGCACAAGGAGAGAACAAUCAUGACACAGCCGAGUCUGUCGACGAAGUCGACGGCGAAGCUUGGACCGAUUCACGGAUGAAGCUGAAGAAGAAUACAGUGGACGAGGAGGAGGAGGACGACGAAGAAGAAGAAGAAGAAGAAGACGACGACGAAAACAAAAAAAGAAAGAAGAACGUUUCUCAGCUUAUUAACAAAUAACUUAAGAAAGACCGUGGAGAAGCGUGGUGUCAUCAGCGCGAUAGAUACCGGUCCGCGCUGGUAGCCGACAACGUAAACCCGCCGUCAUUCGGCGCGUCCGAUGCUGAACGAGAGACGGCUCGAGGACAACACACUGGCGGACGGGGAACGUAAUGGUAACGCCGUGGUCACCGGCCCGGCGUUUUCAUCGUCGUCGCCGUCGUGCACGGUGCCCUACAUCGGCUCCGACCAGGGCUACGUGUUCGAGGGUGGCGGCACGACGACGUUGCAGCAGCCCGGUGCAGCCGGUCGGGGAACCGACCGCACCGACUGCACCGGUGGCGGAGGAGGUCUCGGGUUCGGUGUGUCGGGAGGUGGUCUAAGUGGCGGGCUUGGUGGAGUCGGCACCGGAGGAGCCACGGGGAUGGCGGGAAUGGGUGGUAGUGCAGGAGGAGGAGGAGGAGGGAUAAGCACGAACAAGGAGGUCCGUUACGCUCCGUUUUCAUCAUCCGUAGGACCGGUCGGUACCGUGGCGCCGGUAAACCUGCCGUCUCUACCGCCACCGCCGCCGCCGCCG